CUAUCUCAGCCAGAGGAGCAGUUUGUCUUCAUCACCGUUGAAAGAAGAACUCCAAAAGAUCUUAGGCCCGGUGACGUAUCACUGCGAUGCACCGAAAGAAACAACGGUCGCUCCACCGGAGAAGAGUCCUGUUCAGGAGGGGAAAUAUCCCAUUCCUGAAGACGCCUGGUAUACGGAUGGGUCCAGCAAAGGCAACCCGAGCAAGUGGAGAGCAGUGGCAUACCAUCCCUCCACUGACACUAUCUGGUUUGAAGAGGGGGAUGGUCAAAGUAGCCAGUGGGCAGAAUUGCGAGCCGUGUGGAUGGUUAUCACCGAGGAACCUGGUGACAGUGUACUGAACAUCUGCACAGAUAGUUGGGCUGUGUAUCGUGGGCUCACUCUUUGGAUCGCACAGUGGGCCACCCAAGACUGGACCAUCCACGCCCGACCGAUCUGGGGCAAGGAGAUGUGGUUAGACAUAUGGACUGUGAUUAAACAUAGAACCGUACGUGUCUACCACGUUUCUGGACAUCACCCCCUGCAGUCACCAGAAAAUGAUGAGGCCGACACGCUGGCUCAAGUACGUUGGAUUCAGAACUCUCCUUCUGAGAACAUCGCCCACUGGCUACACCAGAAGCUGCGACAUGCUGGACAGAAGACAAUGAGGGCAGCUGCAAAGGCAUGGGGGUUGCCCAUAACUAUGUCAGAUAUCAUCCAGGCAUGUCAUAAUUGCGAAGCUUGCUUGAGAAUGAGACCAAAAGCCUUGCCGGAGACGACUGCCCACCUUGCCAGAGGACAUAACCCCCUCCAGUGGUGGCAAAUUGAUUAUAUAGGCCCUCUGCCACGAUCUGAGGGGGCCAGAUAUGCUUUAACUUGUGUCGACAUGGCAAGUGGACUGAUGCAGGCCUAUCCAGCACCAAAAGCAAACCAGGCCUACACCAUCAAGGCUUUAACCAAAUUAAUGGCGGUAUAUGGGACUCCACAGGUCAUCGAGAGCAACCAGGGUACACACUUCACGGGCGCAAUGAUACAGCGCUGGGCGGAGGAGAACAAUAUUGAAUGGUGAUUUCAUCUGCCUUAUAAUCCAACGGGAGCGGGCCUCAUUGAAUGUUAUAAUGGCAUCCUGAAGGCUGCUUUGAAGACAGACUCUCAGUCCCUGCAGGGGUGGACAAAGAGACUCUAUGAAACCCUACGGGACCUGAAUGAAAGGCCUAGAGAUGGCAGACCCAGUGCCCUGAAGAUGCUACAGACAACAUGGGCCUCCCCUCUUAGGAUCCAAAUUACGGGCACCGACAAUCGGGUAAGACCCCAAAUUGGCAAUGAAAAUAACCUUCUGCUCCCUGCCCCUGAGAAUCUAGAGCCCAGUACCCACAGG